AGACACCCCUCCUAACUAUGAAGCCGUCUAGCUAAAAAAACAUGAUUCCCAUCCGAUUCCUGAUCUUUACCGGCUCCCUGGCCUACUUGAGCUCGGCGAGACUCAUCAAUUCUGAAGUUGUGAAGGAUGUAUCUGUCUACCUGUGCUCCCAUAUUCCUACCUAUUCACAUGCCAAUAUGAAUUUCUUCUCCUACCCGGUACAAUUUUGUGUCACUCUGAGGUCGGAUAAGGGAAUACGUGAAGAAAUCCGGGAUCUCCAAUCAACCACCUCUCUUCAAAGUCGCGUUUCAAUAUCCUGGAGGCAGUUGGCCACGGCGAACUCUUGCAGACUAACUUUUAAAGGAUACCAAACUGAAUAUCGAAUAUCUCCAGAUCUUGGAGGUUACGAGACUUGCCAAUCAUCGAUCUCAAGGCAUUUAUUUAAAUUGUCACAGGGAAUGAAUAUGGGAAUCGAGCAUCAGAAGAGGAUUGAGUUCAACUCGACAAAUCAAGAAUGUCCGAUUGUUAAUGUGCCAACGGUGUAUCCGGAAUACGUGGCAUGCAAAUUUACAUCAAAUGAAUGGUACCAAAUUGAAUGGAAAUCCACAAUUCGAUACGAGACGUUCAGAAAUGGAGAGUAUGGCACGUAUUGGGCAAAUGAUACUCAGAACUUUAUAGUCAAGAUGAGCGAAGAAAUGAGGAGAAAUGGAUCAGAACAUGUUUGGCUGAAACGAUUACUGAAAAUUGAAUCGAGACUGAAUGGAUGUGACUCCACCGAGCUUCUGAUCCGAUUUGCAGAUGAUUGGACAUAUUCAUCGAAUAGUGUCAGCUUAAGUUAUAGAAUCUUCGAAGGAUCCACAAAAAUCCAUUCCGAUCAUAUUGGAACAUUCGGAGUUGAAGGGUGGAAGGAGAUGAAUGUUCCGUUGAAAAGAAUACCAGGGGAUCAUGAGAUUUGUGCACAGCUCCUGAACCCAGCUGUAUCCCGUCACUACGUGUGCUCCAAAGUAGUCGAUGCUCUCGAUUGUCCAUUUGUUCUGGUUUCCGUCUCCUCCGAUAAAUCAUCUUUUCUUUGUCUUUUUGUUCUUUUACUUUUUGUCUGUUUUUGAAUAGGUUCUAGUUUUUGAAAUGCAAUAAAAAAUCGAAAGUUUAA